AUGGUAAGACAAAAAGUUAACAAAAUCAAGAAGAAUUAUGGGUGGAGCAUUGAGAACUGGACUGAUUUCAAAGCAUACUGGAGUCCAAGUUUAAAAGAGAGAGAACUCAACUACGAGAUCAAGUUCCUUUCAAGACUGUGCGGCGGUGCUAUCAUAGCCGAUUUCAUCCCUCGGAACCGUGGCCGCUGCGUCUCUGCCGCUGACCUCUGGCCUAACUCCCCUUUCAUUACUGAAACCAAUGGAUUUAGCUGUAAGAAAAGACUCCAACCCGAACACGAAGCGCCCCUGUUGCUAGUUGCCGAACAAGCUGAGAAGAAACCGAAAAGGCCAAGGAAGAACCUGUACAGGGGCAUAAGGCAACGUCCCUGGGGAAAAUGGGCAGCCGAGAUUCGUGAUCCUCGGAAAGGGGUUCGUGUUUGGCUCGGCACUUUCAACACUGCCGAGGAAGCAGCCCGAGCCUAUGACCGAGAGGCUCGCAAAAUCAGGGGCAAGAAAGCCAAGGUUAAUUUCCCCAACGAGGAUGACGCUUUCUCCACCACCCACUAUAAUCUCAACAACCCCAGUUUCAAUUCAAACACAUAUAUCAGUAAUUACGGAUUUGAUUUAGACUUGAAUGAAAUUGGCGGAUAUGCCACUGACCCGAUCGUUAUGCCCGGAGAUGAAAAUAAAGGGUCCGGAGAGGAGAAUGUGGAUCUUUGUUACGUCCCUGUAAAAGCUGAAGAAGAAGAAGAAGAAGAGAAACGAGGAGAGUCCAUCAACAAGGCCGAAGAAGAGAAGAACGAAGUGCAGAAACUGUCUGAGGAGCUGAUGGCGUACGAGGACUACAUGAAAUUUUAUCUACCUUAUCUGGACGGUGAAUCGCCGACCCAAAACGGCGUAGCUCCGCAGGUGAGUGUCGUCGGUGAGCUAUGGAGCUUCUAUGAUGAUGGCGUUGCUGUUCCGGCGACAUCAACAGUUGUGUGACGAUUUUAUUUUUUUCUUGGUUGAUGUUUUGGAUGUUGUAAAGUGGGUGGGAACUGGUGAUUUUUCGGCCAGUAGUUCUGACUUUUUUUUUUUUAAAUGUAAGUUUAAUUUUGUGGAUUUAGGAUUUAGGAUUUAGGAUGAGUUUUCAUAUGUAAUUCUCAAAUUUAUUUCUUUGUGC